AUGGUCAAUGAUAUCCUUGCUCUCGCUUGCGACCGUGGAGCUGCUGCUGCUGUACUUUAUUCUCUUACUGCACGCUCUUGUGGUCUUUAUUCAGAAGACGUUCUUAAUUCUAAAAACCAUCAGACAUCUUUAGUUCAGCAAACUUACAGGGCGCUCGUUGGAUUGAAUCUCAAUUUAGCUGUAAAGGCACCUGCCUCAACUUUAUCAGUUUCGGUACCUCAAUCCACAACUGAUGCAGCUCCAAGUUUAUUUGGAAAAUCUUCUAACAACACUCGCUUUUGUUGUGCAAUUCCUCAUGGCAGUGCAUGCAAAUCGGUUGUCACUAACUCUAACUCUUUUGGAGCACGAAAAUCGAAUCCUUCUAAAUCUAGCAAGUCAACUCCAGUCUAUCUGAUCGCUACUCUUGCCAAUGGAAGUGUAAUUAACCACAAUUCUAACAAUAACAAUAAUAACAACAACGGUGGUGGUAAUGCUAACACUGGACUUGCUAUGAUCAUCUUAAAUGCCAUCACUGGAUGCACGACUCUAAUUCCAUGCGCGAGAGGUUGUCUUCCCAAUCCUGAUGAAAUGGAUGGCAAAGAUACUAAUUUGGGUCAUCAGACACGUUUGUCAAGUUUGGUGGUUCAAUCUUACCUAUGGGAUCCGGAAGAGUUACAGAAAAGAAAGAUUGGAUCAGUCGAUGAAGAAUCAUCUAUGAUGCAAGAUCGUGGUCAAAGAUGUGUUUUGACCAAAAAUCCUGUAAAGAUUGAAAGUACGAGGACUCGAACGGGUGAUGAUACAGCAGUCUUGGAAACAGAGUGUUAUACUAAUAGGUGCUUGAGGGUAAUAUUGGUAAUGAGGAUUGAUUUCACGUCAAAUCUGAUCAUUAUUCACCAAAGUGGUAAUAAUAUUUAUCCUUUUUCAGAAUUUAUUGAUACGGACCCUGAAUCAAGUCAAACCAAUCCAACUUGUAAUCAACCUGUACAUUACUCAAGUUUUAAUUGA